AUGCAUCAGGCGAUCAAUGGAAACCCCGACAACGAUCUUGCGCUGGACUGCAUGACGAACUGGCUGGAGGUCUUCAGCGGCAACGUCAGUGAGAUCAGUAAUCUAUGCGAGACUGCUCUCACGAACCGUCCUCAGAAUCCAGACGUUCUCUUCGCUCAGGCAACAUCGCUGCAGACUGUCUUUCAAGAUUAUGAUCGGGCGUGCGAGCUGCUUCAGAGCAGUUUAGCUUUAGCGCCUUCAAGUCACCAGAUGUAUCUGGCCUACUCAGUCAAUUGCAUGCGCAGAGAGCAGUACGAAGACGCGGAACGCAGCCUAAGAGCAGCAGCUCGACUAGCCCCCAGCGAUCCUUUCGUUGAGAUCUGCAGAUCCAAGGUACAGCACGAGCCGCUGGGGAAACGCCUGAAAUUUCAGCAGCUCCACUACAAGAAGUACAAGGAUGUAAAGGAAUCGCUGACCCUGGCUCUCCGCUCUCUCAGUCUGGAUCCCACCAACCUUCUGCUCGUCAACAUAGUCGCUGGCCAGUGCGUUGAGUUGGGGGAGUACCAGCAGGCAAAGAAUCUUGUCAAGUAUGUGAAUGUCAGGCUGAGAAUAGAGGCCGUCUGGCUAGAUCCGAGCGACGAACUGACGGUGGAGACGUUUGCGCAUGUCGCGCUGUCAAACUGGGAGGAGGAGAAACGAGAAGAUUGUUUCAAGUUCCUGUAUGAGGUUGUGCGAGAUGAUCCCACCAACCCCAGGAAGCUGAUCGCUUACUCCAAGUUCUUGGAGAAACAUCUUCCGGGCCUUGCAGUGGAGGACAGGGAACCUCUCAUGGAGGAGGCAGGAACUUGGCUCUACGAACUCUUGCAAGAGAGGAGGAGCGACGCUUACUUCCUGUACCACUAUGCUUCCUUUCUGGUUGGUCCUCUCUACGACCUGGAGGAAUCACCGGGAAAGCACAUGCUCGACUCUCGGCGAGCAGGAGAGAUGUAUCGUUGUGCCAUCGCACUUUGCCCGCAGCACGGCGAGUAUCACUUCGGGUAUGCCAAGUACCUUCAUGAGAUCACUAGGGACUACGAGCAGUCGCAGAAGGAAUAUUUGACUGCUCUAAAGUUCGAUCCCAACAACGGACUUUAUCACCUCCGGUACGCGAUGCUCCUUCACCAUCACAUGCGGGACCUUCGAAGGGCAGAGGAGGAGUACGUCAUUCACCUCCGCCAGUGUCCCCUCGACGUCCUCGCGCUCGUCAACUACGGGAUCCUCCUGUGCAACGGGCUAGAACGUUUCUCCUCUGCGAAAAGGAUCCUUCAGAGGGCUGUGCAGCUGAGCCCGGACAACACUGACGCCCAGCUGUACCUCAACUUCUCUAUCGCCAUGGAGAACGACAUACCAGCACUUCCUGAGAGCCGAAGGAAGGAAGACGCGGCAGGUUGA